AUGUCUGCCCCCGACAGCCCCAUCAAGGUCGCCUUCGUCGGCUAUGGCUACACUCACCGCACCUUCCACUUGCCCGCUAUCCUCCUCUGCCCCGAGUUCAUCGUCCACGCUUUUGUGCAGCGGAAGGAGUUCCCCAUCGACAAGCGUACCGGUCUACCGGGUCCGAGCUGCGUCGAUGACUAUCCCAAUGCCAAGCGCUAUGCAUCGAUGGAGGCGAUGCUGAAGGAUGACGAGGUGGAGCUAGUAGUCGUGGUGGUAGCUGGGGAAAGCCACGCUGAGCUCUGCAUUCAAGCGCUUGAGGCUGGCAAGAAUGUCAUUGUCGAGAAGCCGUUCUGCAUGAGCUCUGCCGAGGCGGACAAGGUCCUCGCUGCGGCCGAGAAGAGCGGCAAGCUUCUCAGCGUCUUUCAAAGUCGCCGCUAUGACUCGUGCUUUCGCACCGUCAACAAAAUCGUCAAGUCCGGCGUAUUGGGUACCAUCACGUCUGCACAGAUCCGGUACGACCUCAACAACGCAGCGUGGGCGAGGACAAGCACGGACCCAGGGUAUACUCCGGGCCAAGGCAUCAUGUUUGGCAUCGGCAGCCACAGCAUCGACCAAGCGCUCGAGCUUUUCGGUCUCCCCUCGCAUAUUACCGGCUUCUAUCGGGCACUCCGCGGUAUCGAGAGUAAGACGGACGAUACUUUCAUGAUUGUCAUGCGAUAUGACCACACCCACCCCGAGCUCCAGGUCAUCGUCGGAACCGAGCUCGUCUCGGUCCUCCCGCGGCAGUUGCGCUACUUUGUCCGCGGCCGAGAGGGGUCGUACGUCAAGUUUGGGGAGGAUCCGCAGGAGGAGCAGCGAUCCAAUGGGAUGAAGCUAGGGGAUGAGAGGUUGGGUGUAGAAGAGGAAGACAGGUGGGGCCUUCUCAGUACCAAGACCAAGGUGAAUGAGAACCAGGUAUUGGAGAAGGAGCUGUGGGGCGGGGAUGUCUGGACAGGCAAAGUGGAGAGCGAGACGGGCAGUGGGGCGGACUACUAUCGUGAUCUGGCAAAGGCGCUGCGGGGCAAGGGGCCGUUGGUGGUGGACCCGAAGCAGUCUAGGGAUGGGUUGAGGAUCAUGGAGCUGGCGAGGGAGAGUUACGAUACUGACAGGACCCUGGAGUUCGAUUAG